GUUGUGAUAUUGAACAUGAAGACCUAGAUGGCUGCUCCUGCUUCUUCGAGUUCAUCUCGUAUCAUCAUCGUCAUGCUUUCAGUUAUGGCUGUCUUGUUGUGCUGUGCUGAGUUUAUACGCAUCGAGGUGAUUCUAAAACAACAACAGACCAAAAUGAACCAGCUAGAGAACAAGAUAACCUCUACACUCGAUACAGACAAGAUGUUGAGAAUAAUGGACAAACUAACAGGAAAACAACUUGCAACGAGUGAAGAAGAACGACAAGAAAGAGGAAGACAUCGUCAACGACGAAGCGUAGGUACGACGAAUAAUACAAGAAAACGACCAGAAGAAACUCAAAGUGAGUUGACUAAAGUGAUCGGUGAAAUGAAGAAAGCCGUGUCUGCAAUCCAUGAUAUCAAAUACAGGAUAGCCAUACCAGGACCCCCCGGACCUCCAGGCAGUCCUGGACCCAAAGGACAAAAAGGAUCACGGGGGAGAAGAGGACCCAAAGGACCGCAAGGACCCAUGGGACGACCAGGCAUCAAAGGAAAACAAGGAAUUAUGGGACCACGUGGGUUAAAAGGUGAUCCUGGUCACGUGGGAAUCACUGGACUACCAGGACCCCGAGGCAUGUCGGGAUCGAAAGGGGAACCAGGUCAAUCACUAGAAGAUCCUCGAGUCGUGAUAUCUCCUCCUCAUUUGAUUGUCAAUGAAAGUCAGUCAGCAGUCUUCCAUUAUUCUUUCCGUGGUAAUCCACAGCCCAUGGUUGGCUGGAGUAAAGUGGGAGGUUCAUUAGACACGACAAGAUCAAUAGUUAAUAGUAGCAGAGGUAUACUAGAGAUCAAACAUGUCACAUUCUCUGACUCAGGGAUAUAUCAAUGUAAUGCAUCUAGUAUUCUUGGUAAAGCACUUGCCACCACAAGACUAGUGGUCAACUACCGUCCUCGAGUUAGCCUAACGAAAGGACCAAUCUACGCUAAGAUAGGAGACAACGUCACACUACCAACAUGUCACGUGAUGGGACACCCCAAACCCAGAGUCACGUGGUCCAGGUCCAUUGGUAAAUUGCCAUCAAAUCGUACCCUUACUCGUGAUGACGAGCUGACCUUGUUUAACGUCGUGAAGGAUGAUUCUGGUACAUAUGUGUGCACCUCUGAUAAUUUUCUUGGUUCUGAUGCUGCAGGAUGCGUAUUGGUGGUCGUACAGCUACCUGUGUUUGUUAUCAGACCACCUAACAUAUCCUACGCUAUCGUAAAUUCAUCAUUGACUCUAAAUUGUUCAGCUAAAGGUGAUCCUGAACCAGUGAUCAGCUGGAGAAGAGAAAAUGGUGCUCUUCCCUCGGGUAGAAAUGAAAUAACAUCAGAGGGUUCUCUGGUCUUAAGGAACAUUCAAGCAUCUGAUGAUGAUAUCUAUAUUUGCUCUGCUACAAGUGCUGGGGUAUUCGAUGUGUAGGCAAACUCUACAUUGAAGUUCCGCCAUCAUGAUUGCUCAGAGAUCUACAAAUCAGGUGAAAGACGUAACGGUGUGUACACAAUACAACCCGACAGUCAAGGACCCUUUGAUGUCUACUGUGACAUGACAACUGACGGAGGGGGGUGGACAGUGUUCCAGAGAAGACAAGAUGGAUCUGUAGACUUUUAUCUUGAAUGGCAACAAUACAAAACCGGUUUUGGAAACCUGAAUGGCGAGUUCUGGUUGGGUAACGACUACAUCCAUCGACUUACAGCAAGAACACCCUCGGUGCUACGUGUGGAUUUGGAGGACUGGAACAGAAACCAGAAAUAUGCCAAAUAUGGUAGUUUUAGUGUUGAUGGUGAAUCAGACAAGUACAGACUCAAGGUUGCUUCGUAUUCAGGUGAUGCUGGGGAGUCAUUACUUCAUCAUAAUAACAUGGCAUUCUCUACAAAAGAUAGAGAUCAUGACCCUCAUGGGUCUAGAAACGUAGCUGUCCAUUAUACUGGUGCCUGGUGGUAUUACAAUGAUUAUAGAUCUAGUCUAAAUGGAAAGUUUGGAAGUACGUUUCAAAGUUGGAAAGGAGUUCAUUGGAUAAGUGAUUAUAGCACGAAACCUAUAAAACACAGUGAAAUGAAAAUUCGACCAAAUUCAUUUUAGACAUUUCCAUUUCAACAGAGAGUGGUUUUCAUAAACCCGUGAAACAAAUUGUACUAAUUAGAGUCUAAUAGUCACAAAAUAGACAAUAGAAAACAAAGCAAUUAUCGUAAGGUAGUACAUAAUAAGCUAAAGUGUUAAUGGAAACAACUCUAAUAUCUGGAAACAUGAAUGGAAAUGGAGCUCUUUCUUGUGGUAGAAAUAAUGUAAUAAAAUAGUGCUGAAAAUUUAUUUUCAAAUUUCAAAUUGUACAUCAAAUUGUGAAAGAUUUCCUAAAGAUGCACGAGAUACCGAUACCAUUAUCGUUGAAGAGGACCCGCGAAGUUUUAUGUUUUGUAAUAGGCCAUUUGCAGCAAACAGUCACUGCUAAUAUAUCCCUUCAAUAACGAAUCAAUUCAGCCAAAUGUCCCUUGGGGAAGGCUCUGCUGGAUGGCAAGCAAACUUUUAAUGGCUUUGUAUCUUGUAAGGGGAAAAACAUUUUGGAAAAGAUUUUGGAUAUGACAUUACUAAUCCAGCAAAAUUUAUUUGAAUAAAGGAAUUUUUUGUCAUCCAGUAACAGUCACGUGAUUAUGUCCUACAAAUAGCUCAUUCGCCAACUAGCAUUUCAACGACCGUCAAUCAAAGAACUAAGAAAAGACUACAAUAUUUGAGGAAGAUUUUGGACUAGAUGAUUAAAAUCUUUAAACUAGUCUGAAGUCUUCCUGAAGAUAUAUCGUUUUUUUUAUUUCAGUUCAUCGAGACAUCAAACUUUCGCGGGUCGCACUUCGACAUUAAUGGUACUGUAGUAAUCAAAAUAGAAUAGUAACGACCCCUUUGCAAUUACUGCAAGAGGAAUAACAAAAUGACAUGAAAUUAAAUUUCUUAAAAAUCUC